AUCGUACGUGUAUAGCGUAGUGUAUGUUUAAACUCAUAAUAUAAAAACUCUACAUAAAAUUUUAUUUGCAGAAGAAAUUAAAAAGAAGAAAAAAGCCUAACACAACUCUUAGUAUAAAGCCAACCAUAAGAGCCAUAAAAAGAGGGGAAAAAAAAGGAAAAAUGAAAAAAAAAGAAUAAAAAUUCCUGCGGCCUUCUUGUCUUUUUUAUUAUUCUCCUCGUUCGUUACGUGUACAAGGGUCCCAUCUGACGCCUUUAAAACACUCUAUAAGGUUUUAGUUGAUGCCACUUACAACAACAAUAGUAGUAAAAAAAAAACAACAACAAUAAUAACCGUCAAAACAACAGCAACAACAACAUUAAUGGUACUUAAUUUACCGUAGCAAAAUGUAUUUGUUAUGUGCAUGUGUGCAUUCUCAUGCAUGUACACAUACUCGUACCCGUACUCGUACAUUGCUUACGGUUUGAUGCUGCUUGUUAUUGCUGCUGUUGCCAUUUCAUUUUGUUAGUUUUAUGCUCAAUGAUUUUUCUAGUUAUUUUUGUAGUACAAUGCCUUCCUUGCAAGCUUUGCUCUUACUACAGUCAAAACGGAAGUACAGACAUAUGUUUAAAGGAAGUACGGUGCACGUAAGUAGUAGUCCAUAUAAAAAAGAUGUCAUUACAUAAAAUUUUAUUAUAACCUGUGGGUAAAGAACGAGAUCAAGGCAAAAGGAGAAAGCUUUCGAAAAUAAAAAUUAAAAAAAAAAAAAAAAAAAAAAGAAAUGAAAACCUAAAAUGUAAAUAUGUAUCUCCGUGUUUUUGUUUAGCUUUCACGUGAAUUCAUUCCUUUUAGAAAUAUCGAUAUUUUCUAGUUUUCCUUUCCUUUUUGAUUGCAGUUUAAUUGCAAGAAUUUUUUUUCUUCUGUUUCUUUUUUCCUGCACAAUAUCGAUACCACCACCUACAUAGUAAAGAUUGGCAAGCAAAAGCUUACACAUGAGACCAAUAAACUAAGCUAUAAAGAUCUCUUCGAAGGGGAUCGUUAAAAUUCUAAGCUAAUUUGCAUAAGAGUUUCCUCUAAACAUGGAGCUGCCAUCUAUGGUACAGCGUUCCGGAGAUACGUUAAUAGUACGCAGUGUCGUUAGUGGUAAUCAAUUGUAUUUAGAUCAGACGGGUGGUGCCGUAACCGCGGGAUCAGCGGGACAAAGUCUCCAUCAAAGUGCGAGUCCCAUUCAGAGUACAUUACUUUUAGAGCAACAAUUUGAACGUAUCAAGCGAGCCGCUCAAGAAGCACAGAAUCAGCAAAUUUUACAGCAGCAACAACAGCAACAACAACAACAACAACAACAACAGCAUCAGAAUCAGAAUCAGCAACGCCAACAACAGCAUUCGGCACAGUCAACUGCUGCCUUAGAACUUAAAGACGAGGCUUUGCCGCAAUGCAAAAUAAAACGUAACUACAGCUGCAACUAUUGUACCUAUUUUACCCAAAAUCCACGCUAUCAUUUAACUCAUUUACGCGAUGUUCACGGCGAGAAAAUUGUUAUUAAUAAAUGCAAAUUGUGUUUAUAUGCCUCUCGGCACUAUCAGAAGUUGGUGCGACACAUGCGAAUGGUACACGGCUGCACUGAUGGUAUAGCCGGCAACCACGCUCAGUCUCGUGGUAAACGUGGCAUAAAUCGCGAGGCUCGCAAACGUAAAUUAGAGCAGAAUAUAAGCAGCGGAAAUAGUACAAAUUCGCUGCCAUUAAAUUCGACUUUAAACGUGGCGGAAAUUUCUUCUCUGGAGCAGGUAAAAAAUGACUUGGAACGUCAACAACAAAAACUACAACGGGAUAUAGAAGCCUUCAAUAAACAGCAAGAGGAACAAAAAGAACAACAAAAACAACAAAUCAAUGCAGCUGAGGCAAUAUUGGCAGCAGCUUACGAACAACAAUUGAGAGCACAACGCGAAUAUGAUCUGGAAUCGCUAAAGGCUUUGGGUAGCGCGUACGAAAAUCGUGAGUCGCCGGCUUUAGAUGCGGUAGAUAUCGCCCAAACUAGCCCGCCACAAACGAAACAUUUCAAUCUUAUACCUGCCCACACACAAACUCUACAACAACAUUCUCAAUCUCAACAUCAACCCCAAGUGCUUCCGCCACAAAGGCCCAGUUUUGAGCUGACUCCAUCACCUUCGGGCAGUGCUUCGUCACCUCCACCUCCUCCCCAGCAGAAUAGCAGUAGUGGCAGUAACACACCCAAUAAUUUAUCAACUUACGGACCCUCCGAUGAGCCUUCCAACAAUCGCUUGUUGAAAUGUAGCUUGUGUGACUACACUACACUUUAUAGAUCGCAUUUAGAGGAUCACGAAAUCGAAGAGCAUUGCAACGCGAAAUUUUAUCGCUGUGAAAAGUGCUCUUACGUAACGCACAUUAAAGCUCGCUUUAGCAAACAUGUUAAAUAUCAUUCCAUGCCCAUGAUCAAAUGCGUUACCUGUGACUUUCGUACCCCUUAUAAAUGGAACCUCGAUCGCCAUAUGAAAAAUCACGGUGGGACAGGACCUUUCAAAUGUGCCGCUUGUGAUUUUACCGCUGAUAUCAAACAAUCCCUUACCGUUCAUGAAAUGAAUCAUCACGUACCACCUGUGGGUCAUGCUGCUGGCAUGACGUUAGCCAGAAGACGCAACAAAGUGGGCGGUACUGAUUUGAAUGAAGAUUUCUUUAGCGAUUCGGCUGAGCUAUUGGAAGACCACUACAAUAAUAAUCAUAUGGACGACUAUGAUGAGUUAUUAUUAAGUGCUGGCCACAAUAUAGGUGCAUUUGCUAAACGUAGUCGCUAUGAAGAUGAUGAGCCCACCGAUUUAUCGCAAAAAGGCGGUUCUUCUGACACCUCUUCGGUGCACAAUCAGUCGGUGUCAGGUACAGGAAAAGCAAAGGCCCCUUUGCCUAAUCUGGUGCCGCUUACUAAAGAAGAUGAUAAUAAUAUAUUAAAUCUCUGCAAGGAUUUAGCCUCUUCUCGUAGUUCUCUUACCGAAAUUGCCUCGAUGUUCUUUAACGAAAAGCAAAUUUCAGAGAUGCUGCAACCAUUGGAUAAAACAGGUGCUACUGUUGCCUCCGCUCAGCUUUCUCCUACCACAACAAUACACUCAAGUACCAGCAGUCGCAGUUUGUUACAACGUCGCGCUGGAGGAUUUUUUGACAAACUGAAAUCUUCAAGUACGGCCAAUGAAAACCUCAUUUGUCCCUGCGGGCACGUCGCUAAAUGUUUAUCCGAAUCAAUAAUACAUCGUCAAAGCUGCUCAUAUUCUACGUUAUCUGGUAAUGACGACAUCGACCUGGAUGAAGAUGAUCAUGAAGAUGACGGAGAAGGACGUUUGGAAAUCGAUUUCGUGGAUGACGAAGAUGGCGAUAGACAAUCGCACUCAGCUUUAAAUCUAAGCGUUACGGGCUCAACAAGAUGCCAACACUGUCGUCACCGGUGCAAAUCUUCGACAGAUUUGUUAAAUCAUCUGAAGAAUUGUGCAGAGGCCGCCAUUCGUAUAGGGAAUGAUUCCUAUGAUUCUAUGAGUGGUGAAAGUAAUACAGGUAGUCGUGGGCUAAUGACAGACAAUGUUGGUGACUUACAGCAUCCUAUGGAAAACCGCGUAUUUAUUUGGAACAAGCUACCACGUAACGCCGGAGGAAGUGAAAGCCAACAAAAUGGCCUCGAAGGCGGUCAGUCAUCAACAAAAGAAAACAACAGUGGCGGUGGAGGUUUAGGAGGCUCCAACGCGAGCUUAUUAAGCGCCAACAAUGAUGAGAACAGUUAUUACGGUGUUGAGACCGCUCCCGGUUAUGGCGAGGUAACGAAAAAGAUGACGCCUGAGGAGGAAGCAGCUAAUUCCUCGCUGAAAAAGGUUUACAAAUGCCCACAUUGUUCUUUCUGGGCUUCCACCGCUUCUCGUUUCCAUGUGCACAUUGUGGGACAUUUAAAUAAAAAACCUUUUGAAUGUUCUUUGUGUUCCUAUCGAUCCAAUUGGCGUUGGGACAUUACAAAGCAUAUACGCCUUAAGACUAUACGUGAUCCUAGCCACAAAAAUGCCAGAGUGCUAAUGAACGAUGAAACCGGCCGUCGCAAUUACACGAAAUAUAAUAAAUACAUAACAUUGAUGAAAGUCACAGAGGAAGACGGUGAUCCCAAGCUAAUGAAAUCUGGGGAAAUGACACCGAAUCAAGUAGCCUCGUUGUCUUUUAUAAACGAUUACAAUAAACAACAGCAGCAAUCCCAAAACUCUUCUCCUUCGACGACUUCAGUUACUAACUUAUUAAACGGAAUUCGAGAGGAUGUAACUUUAGAACCUUUGGCACCAAAGUCUAAUGCAGGUACGGGAGAAGAAGCGGAAAGCUUUAUACGUCUUCCACUUUUGGCCUCUAUGAUGAAUGCGGCCAUGGCUCAGCAGCAACACAACCAGCAUCAAAAAGAACAAGAGAAUGCAACUCUCAUAACGCCAUCGGUGACCAUAUCUGCCGUUAAAAAAUCUCCACCGCCAGCCCAUAGCUUCAAGCCAAAUGAAGACGUCAUUUUAGAAGUAAGACAAGAUGGUAAUGAGAAGAAAACCUUUUAUAAAUGUCGUAAAUGCAAUUUUAGACAUCUGAAUCGGGAUACUGUCGUGACUCAUCUUAAAAUUCAUUAUGCGGACGCGAAUGUGCCAACUGUUACAGCUACAUCGAAAACUGCUAACUUGCCUGGAGUUCUCAACAAUCCUCCGCAAAUGGCGCUGAAUCCGAAUUUAUAUAUGAAUAAAGUUUUGGCUAUGUGUCUAGGCCAACAAACACCACAAAAUUCUCAACAUUCAAAUGCACAACAUUCCAAUUUGUUAGCUGCUGGUUCACUAAGCGGUUUGGCUUUGGCCUUGGCUGGUAAAAAUGCUUCGAAAAUUAAUCAGAAUAAUAUAACAACAAAUAUAUUAGAGCACGGUGAGCAGAAAGCGAGUCCAAACGAGGCAAGUGCCCAAACAAGUAACACAUCGUCACCUAAACAUUUAACAUAUGCGACACCAGUGACAUCCUCGACUCCUGCGGCUAACGCAACCAAAUUAGUCUCAAGUAGCAGUAAUGGUGGUAGUGGUGGUGGUGGUGGUGGUAGUACAUCAUCUUUAGAACAUUUAUUGACUUCACCAAGAGGCUCUUUUAGUAAAACACCAUCUAGCAAUACAAGCAAUGGAUUUAAGAACACAACAUUAAGCAGCAACACACCAACUCGUCAUUGUCGCUUGAAACAUGCUGGAGAUAUACGCAUCGAAACCCUUGAUCGAUUAGCGGGCAACGGUAUCGGUGAACGUGGCGUCAUUGGUCCGGUAUAUAAGCCAUUGGUCAAUGGAGCUUCUAACGAAGUUAACAGUAAUCAGAAUAAUCAGUAUAGUAUGACAUUGAAAGCUUUACAACAACAACAGCAGCAGCAGCAGCAGCAACAGCAAAACCCUAACAAUAGUAAUAGUAGCACCAACAACAACAAUAACAACAAUACCAGCGCACUUAUCAAUAACAAUCAUCACAAGAGCAACAGCAAACAACUCAAUGCUUUAAUUAAAAAUGAAUUGACUACAAAUAUUUUGCUAAAUUCACCUUUAACAGCAUCAGCAGCAGCGGCCGCCAAUGCUGCAAAUACACCACAAGAUCUACAGGCAGCUGCUGUAGCUUACUUAGCUGCCGCAUACAAAGCAGCUACUUCCCAAGGUGUCGGCAAUACUAAUAUCAUUGCUGGCAUAGCCAGUUCUUUAAAUUUGGCCGAAGAUCUUAUUAUACAGCAGCAGUUGCAGCAAAAUGAUCAAAUUGAAAUAACACGCGUACCUUCUCAUCCCAGCAAUGGCUCGACUUCCAAUAAUGCAGCAGCAUCAAAUCUGGCACAGCUAUUAGAAGCAACGCCCCAAUCUUCCCAACAACAUCAACAACAACAGCAGCAACAACAACAACACCAACCUAGCAACAAUAAUAAUAAUAAAUCCAAACAACAGAAGUGUCCUUUAUGCACAUAUAUAUGCGACAGUAAAUCACAAAUGAAUUAUCAUAUAUCGCUUCAUAAGCCCACACAAUACGAAUGUCCAAUGUGCACGUUUGUGUGUGCCAAGAAACAACAUUUAAGUAGCCAUAUGCGUUCCGUACAUCAAAUGACACAAAAUCAACCAUCGUUAGGACAAAAUAAUGUCAAUCAAGUCCUUCAACCCCCUCUAAUGGCGCCCCUUACCAACACUAACAAUAGCAAUAACAACAACAAUAACGCAAAUCCUCUUAACAUGGACUUUGGCAUGACUCUGCAAUUGGCGGCUAGCCAAACACAACAGGACUCUUUCACAUUGGGUACUCCUUUAGCCAUUGAUUUGUCUAAUUUGAGGCAAAAUCCGAUUAAUAGCACUUCACCAACACCAACUCGGGUUUCAUCUACACCGACUCAGCAACAUAAUUUACCACCUGAAUAUCAAUAUCGUAUGAUUUACUUCUGCCCUAAAUGUCCGGCACGUUACGCCCAAAAGCACAAUGAUCCUCAGACGGCGAAAAAUAACUUAGAAGAACAUUUACGUUUCCACGCUGUCCAUCCAAAUGUUAAUCAUAAAUAUGAAUGUGAUUAUUGUGAUUUCCGGGCUCCACAUGAAACUCUCAUACAAACCCAUCGCUAUUUGCAUACUACCUCCUAUCAAGAGAAAUGUAAUGAAUUAUAUAAAAACUGUAAAGAGGAUUCCGUAUAUAAAGCUCCGAUAUUAAUACCUAUAACGACCACUAAAAAACCCUACAUACAAGAAACCAUAUGGAUUGUGGAGAAUGAACCAUCAUCGCAGUCCAUGGAACAACAUGAUAAUAAGCAUAAUAAGAAACAACAACAAAAUUCGAUUAUAACAUCGAGUUCGUCGAGUCUAUUAACAGGAGCUUUCAAUAGUAGCAAUUCGUUGCUGAAGAAACAGUUGGAAUCUCAUCAAAGCCCUUCGCCUCUUACACAACAGCCGCAGCAGCAAUCGUUAUUUAAUAAAACGCAGCCACAACAAGAUAAUGAGGAUUCGUCAUCCAAUACGCAAUCGACUUCAGCAUCGAUAGCUACCAGCGAUUUGGCCGCAGACGCUGAAUCUAAUAUGAAUUCACCGGAAACGGAAAAUCAACAAGAAAAAGAUUCCGGCUGCGAUCUUAGCUCUAAGGAACGUUGCCCGUAUUGUCCAUUCGAAAGUGAGAACAUGCAAGAAUUUAAAGCUCACAUACAAAAACAUAUAUCUGUUACGCAACGAAAGCUCAAUCAUAACUGUGAGCAUUGCGAUUACACCGCAGACGAACGAAUAGAGAUCGAGGAACACACUAAGGUGCAUUUCAAUAGCAUGGAAAAACUCAAGCAAGUGGUGUUUUUCACUUCCUACGAUAAAUUGGAACUUAGCACCACUGAUAAAACGGACAGUGAAGGUUUUUGUGAGGAUCAGCGAAGCGAAACAAAUCUUAAAGAAAUUGAAAAUUUACAAAUUAAAAAGGAGUUGCAAAACAACAAUAACAACAAUAACAAUGAAGAUCAUGUGGAUAAUGAAAAUGUGAAAAAUGCUUCGGAAACUUCGUUAGGAAAGAAUAAUGAUGGUCAACAGCAACAGCAACAACAACAAUUAAAAUGUAAUAAAAUUAUUUUAUAUAAAAGCGAUGGAGGCUUAAGUAUUAAAAAAGAACCAAUGACGAUGACAUCACCGCCUUCCUUAAACAAUCAGCCACAACAAGUAACAAACGAUAAUAUAAGCGAGCGUUUAAGAAGAAGAACAAGCCGUAGUACAACGAAUUGUACGAACGAUGAUCAAUCAUCCCAACAACAACAACAACAACAGCAGCACCAACAGCAUCAACAGCAACAACAAUCUAACAGCAGCCAUAAAACUAUAUUAGUUAACGCCAAAACUGGUCAAGUUAUCAGCAGGAAUUAAAUCGAGUUUCUUUUU